UCUCUCCCCGAUCCCUUUCUCUCCUUUAUCGCUCUUGUUCGUUGUCAAAACAGAAAUCCCCCGCAUCUCCACCCAAAUCCCAUUGAUCAGCGGCGAAGAAGGGCACGGCUGGUGGAGGAAUCGCCGCCGUGCAGGGGGGAGAUUGGUGCAGUAGCGCCCAUGCGAAGAGAUCUCCUCGUCAUGUGGAUCCGGCAGGGGCACUGACAAAAAAGACUAGAUCGGCAAGGCGGGAUGGACACGGUGAGGCGCCACCAUCCGGCGAUGGGCGGCGGCUGCAGGGGCCCGACGUCGCUGCGGUGCUCCAGCUCGCCGGCGCAGGAGUUUGCCAGGCUGGCGUCCGUGUUUCCGGCGGCGGCUGGUGGUUGGGACGACCAUGGUGGUGGCCAUGGGGGACGACUUUGGGGCGUCAUCAGGCUGUCCCCGGAGCUCGGGUGCUCGCUGAGGCUCGACGUGCUACACCCCAUCUGUGGCUUCACACGAUGCCUGGACUCCUCCAUUGAUUCGACCAAAAAUGGUUGUAGAAGGAGAUGUGACUCCUAGUGAACGGAG